UUGUUGGACCUUGCUAAAUUACCACUCGAGCGUAAACGAAUCUCAUAUCGCAAAAUUCGUGAUAUUGAUUUUAGCGAGUUUUGUGGUCAGUUGGAGAACACCAGGCUAGUAAGGGAUGCUGCUUCUUUUAGUCUCGGUGAACUUGUUUAUGAGUAUAACACUACAUUAAAGUCGUUGUUAGAAAGACACGCGCCUCUGAAGACUAAGAUCAUUACUCUUCGCCCAACCGCCCUAUGGUACACUGAGGAAAUACGAUCUGAAAAGAAAAAACGCAGAGCUCUCGAGCGGCGCUGGCGUUCUUCAAAACGAGAAUCGGAUUAUUCUAGAUUUAAGGAACAAUGCCUUAGAGUGAACGCUUUGAUCAAGAAAAACGAAAGUUGACUAUUACUCAAGCAUUUUACGGGAGAGUAGUAA